UCCACCGACAUCAAAACGCCAUCGUUCGCUUAAAAUGCAAAAUCAGGAGGUCGGACGGUUGCCUCUCUCUCUCUCUCUCUGUCUCUCAGAUAGAUUGAUAGAUAGGUAGAGGAGAGCGAGAAAGGAGAGAAAACCCUAGGAAAGGAGAGAAAACCCUAGAAGAGAAGAAGCAGUCAUGGCGAUGGAUCAAAACGUUCAAAUCCCCGCAUUCGAUGAGGAAGAAGAAGAGGAAGAAGACGUUUGCAGGAUCUGCCGCAAUCCCGGCGAUGCUGAGAACCCUCUUCGAUACCCUUGCGCCUGCAGCGGCAGCAUCAAAUUCGUCCACCAGGAUUGCCUCCUCCAGUGGCUCAACCACAGCAACGCCCGCCAGUGCGAGGUGUGUAAACAUGCAUUUUCUUUUUCCCCCGUUUAUGCUGAUAAUGCCCCAGCAAGGCUACCUUUCCAGGAGUUUGUGGUUGGGAUGGCAAUGAAAGCAUGCCAUGUUCUGCAGUUCAUCCUACGCCUUGCUUUUGUACUUUCUGUCUGGCUCCUUAUCAUACCCUUCAUCACGUUUUGGAUAUGGAGAUUGACAUUUGUGAGGAGUCUUGGUGAAGCCCAGAGACUGUUCUUGAGUCACAUAUCUGCUACCCUGAUUCUUACUGAUUGCUUGCAUGGGUUUCUACUUUCUGCAAGCAUUGUGUUUAUAUUUCUAGGAGCCACUUCUCUAAGGGAUUACUUUAGACAUCUCAGAGAGCUCGGAGGCCAGGAUGCUGAGAGGGACGAUGAUGGUAAUGACAGACAUGGUGCCCGUGCAGUAAGGAGGCCUCCCGGUGCAGCUAAUCGGAUACAAGCCGGUGAUGGGCAUGGUGAAGAUGCUGCUGGAGCCCAAGGAAUUGCUGGAGCGGGUCAAUUAAUUAGAAGAAAUGCAGAAAAUGUUGCUGCCCGGUUGGAAAUGCAAGCAGCUCGCCUUGAAGCGCAUGUUGAACAGAUGUUUGAUGGCCUGGAUGAUGCUGAUGGUGCAGAUGAUGUACCCUUUGAUGAGCUUGUUGGCAUGCAAGGGCCUGUAUUUCAUCUGGUUGAAAAUGCAAUAACUGUUCUGGCGAGCAAUGCAAUAUUUCUUGGUGUCGUAAUCUUUCUGCCCUUCUCAUUAGGACGGGUAGUUCUGUACUACUUAUCUUGGUUCCUUUCAACUUCUAGUCCAGUGUUGUCAACAAUGAUGCCAUUAACAGAGUCAGCCGUAGCAAACAUCACAACGAAAAGUGCAUUAACUGCUGCAACUAAUUUGUCAUCUGGGAGCUAUGUUGAAGGUCUGCUUGGACAAGCUGUGGAGGUGGUUGCGGAAUCCAUGAAUACAACUAGUCUAGAUGAGGUCUCAAACAGCGUUAGCAGGUCAGUUGCAGCGGAUUUGUUGAAGGGAACGAGUGUUGGAACUUCGCGCCUCUCUGAUGUUACUACUCUUGCUAUUGGUUAUGUGUUCAUAUUUUGCCUGGUCUUCUCCUACCUUGGACUCGUUGCUUUAAUUCGCUAUGCUAGAGGCGAACCUUUGACGAUGGGAAGGCUUUAUGGGAUUGCUUCAAUAGCAGAGGCUAUUCCAUCUCUUGUGAGACAGUUCUUGGCUGGAAUGAAGCAUUUAAUGACUAUGGUUAAGGUUGCUUUUCUUCUGGUGAUUGAACUUGGGGUCUUCCCUUUGAUGUGUGGAUGGUGGUUGGAUGUUUGUACGAUAAGGAUGCUAGGGACGACAAUUGCUCAACGGGUUGAAUUCUUUUCAGUCUCACCCUUAGCAAGCUCCUUGAUACACUGGCUUGUGGGGAUUGUGUACAUGCUACAAAUCAGCAUUUUUGUCAGCCUUCUUCGAGGGGUUUUGCGUAAUGGAGUUCUAUAUUUUCUCCGGGACCCUGCUGAUCCAAACUAUAAUCCAUUCCGUGAUUUAAUUGAUGACCCUGUCCACAAGCAUGCUCGUCGGGUCUUGUUGUCUGUUGCUGUCUAUGGGAGUUUGAUUGUGAUGCUGGUGUUUUUACCUGUAAAACUUGCUAUGCGGUUGGCGCCUUCAAUCUUUCCCUUGGAUAUUUCUGUUGCUGAUCCAUUCACUGAGAUUCCUGCGGACAUGCUUCUGUUUCAAAUCUGUAUACCAUUUGCAAUCGAGCAUUUCAAGCCACGAACAACAAUCAAGGCUCUUCUUCGCCAAUGGUUUAUAGCAGUUGGUUGGGCACUUGGGUUAACUGAUUUCUUGCUGCCCAGACCCGAAGAUAAUGGUGGGCAGGAAAAUGGUAAUGUGGAGCCAGCAAGGCAGGACAGGUUACAUGAUGCACGUCGAGGUGGAUUUGGGCAGCAAGACAGGGCGUUGGUGGCACUCGUUCCUGCCAAUGAUGCUGAUAGACGAGCUCAUGCAACAGGAGCCAUGGAUGCUGCAGAAGAGUCUGAUGGUGAUGAUCAGGCUGAUGCUGAGUAUGGUUUUGUACUUCGCAUUGUGCUUUUGCUGGUGCUGGGAUGGAUGACUUUGCUUCUCUUCAACUCGGCCUUGAUAGUUGUACCCAUCUCACUUGGGCGUGCUUUGUUCAAUGCCAUUCCUCGCUUCCCAAUAACUCACGGGAUAAAGUGUAAUGAUCUAUAUGCCUUCAAUAUUGGAUGUUACAUCAUCUGGACUGCCGUAGCCGGGGCCAGGUAUUCAAUUGAAUAUGUUAAAACUCGGAGAGCGGCGGAUCUGGCAGCCCAAAUCUGGAAGUGGUGUACAAUUGUUCUUAAGAGUUCUGUACUGUUGUCAAUAUGGAUAUUUAUCAUCCCGGUGCUGAUUGGUUUGCUGUUCGAGUUGUUGGUGAUUGUGCCAAUGCGAGUGCCUGUGGACGAAAGCCCAGUUUUCCUCCUGUAUCAGGAUUGGGCACUGGGGCUCAUCUUUCUGAAGAUCUGGACUAGACUGGUUAUGCUGGAUCAGAUGGCUCCCUUGGUGGAUGAGAGUUGGAGGAUCAAGUUUGAGAGGGUGAGAGAGGAUGGGUUUUUGCGGCUGAGGGGCCUGUGGGUACUGCGUGAGAUAGUGAUCCCGAUUGUUAUGAAGCUUUUAACAGCCCUGUGUGUGCCCUAUGUCUUUUCGAGGGGAUUGUUCCCUGUGCUUGGCUAUCCUUUAAUUGUGAACUCUGCAGUGUACCGGUUUGCGUGGCUGGGCUGCCUCCUCUUCAGCAUGCUGUGCUUCUGCGCCAAGAGAUUCCACGUCUGGUUCACCAACCUCCACAACUCCAUACGGGAUGACCGCUAUCUGAUCGGCCGCAGGCUCCAUAACUUCGGGGAGGAUAAGGCGGCAGAUAGGGGCAACGAGGCAGAGAUUGUUUCAGAGAGGCAAGAUGCAGGUUUGGUCCGGCAUGAGCAAGAAGAUGUAGGACUGAGGUUGAGGCACGUUAAUCGGCAUGAUCAUUAACAUUUGAGGUAGAUGGCUUGGGCUGAAAAGGGUAAGUUCAUGUGCAUCUUAGCGAUACCAUUUUGUCACCCUGGACACAGUUUCUUACUGAAUCCAGGGUUUCAUCUCUCCUUGGUUCAGUACAUGUAUGGAUUGAUGGUAUGAUAACAUGCCACUUUUCCCAUUGAGACUGUCCAUGCUUUAUAUAUAUUGCUCUAUAUGGUUCAUUCA